AUGUCCGGGAAGGCACCCAUAUAUAAACUACCUCCGUUACCACGUCUAAGAGUGAAAAAACCAGUAAUAAGGCAGGAAGCAAACAAAUGUCUAGUAUUAAUGUCUAAUCUAUUACAAUGUUGGUCUUCAAAUGGUCAUAUGAACCCUGCAUGUGAGACCCUGGCCACGGAAUUGAAAGCAUGUACUAAGGAGAAUGCUAUGGGGAAGAGUAGAACGGAACAAAAAAGUAAUAUUAAUUACCAUGCUGCAAGAUUGUAUGGUAGGAUAAAUGGGAAACCUCACGAUUAA